GUUCGAUCAAAUUUAAUGGAUUUGAAUUUAGAUUGAAGAAUCCAACUCAGAAGCUGCCAUUGACAUGCCUAAUGCAAUGGACCGUGGGGUUGGGUGGUGCCGGUUUGAGCCCUCCCACCUACGCUAUAAAAAAAAAAAAAAUUGCAAUGGAUUAUGGAGGUCACCGCAAUUACGAGAAAGAUAAACCUCAGGGAGGUUUGCGUUAAUAUAACCUGUCUUCCAGAGUUGCAAGCAUCCAAUGCCUGAGUGCGUGUGCCCUAUAUCGCCGAGAGCGUGUGCUUUAGAUUAUUAGACCCGCCGGUUUCCGUGGUUCUCCACCACAACAAUUUAGGCGACCUCUUGAUUCGUUUUCCCGUAAGGCUUAUCCACCAUUGUACCCGCGGCUGCGCUGCUCGCUCCAAUUGCAAUUAUCUUCAGAACGAAUCAAUCGUCCUCACCAGUCACGACAACUUUUGUUGGUUUAGAAAGUUAUGGUUUCUUCACUGCUUUGUUGCCGCCAUAUUGAGGGCACAACUCUGCUCCAUGAAUACGAAGCCUGUUUCUCUUCUAGAAAAAGAAUGAAGGUAGCUUCCUCAGUCGUUCCUGAUAAAGACCACCUCAGUGAUGUUGAAUCCUCCAUGGAACUGAGCCUCGGGUGCCUGAAUGACUCGCACAAUUUUGCAGCUUGCUGCGACGGCGAUGAAAAAGUUGGUUCAAACUCCAGAACAGAGAUAAGCUGCCAGUCAAACGGCAACAGUGGCGAUGUUAACCAGUCUUUUGUUGUCAGUGGCUCUUCAAAUGAUAAUAAAACCCAUACUUUAUCUUCUUUGCCUUCUUAUGUGACUGGAUGGAUGUAUGUCAAUCACAAUGGUCAGAUGUGUGGCCCAUAUAUUCAGGACCAAUUAUAUGAGGGUUUGGCUACUGGUUUCUUGCCCGAGGAGCUACCGGUUUAUCCUAUUCUGAAUGGGGCUUUGACAAACUCUGUUCCCUUGAAGUACUUCAAGCAAUAUCCUGACCAUGUUGCUACAGGUUUUGCUUACUUGGCUGCUGCCACUUCUGGCCUUAAACAAUCGAGAGAUUGCCCUACAGAUUCACAUUGCAAUACUCAGAGUAGUGGAAAGUAUUGUGGUUUUGGUUCAAUGAAUAAGGUUUUCUCCUCUGGAGAAGCUUGCUUGCCCACAGCUCCAUUUGUGCCACUGUCAGGUGAAUCUUCUUGGCUUUUUGAGGACGACGAAGGGAGGAAACAUGGGCCACACACCCUUAUAGAACUCUAUUCCUGGUUUCAUUUUGGAUAUCUCCACAAUUCAGUUAUGAUCUAUCACAUUGAAAACAAAUUUGAACCAUUCACCUUGCAAUCUUUGCUAAAUACAUGGGGAAUGGCUAGGGGUGGAGCUGUCACCAUGUCUAAUGCUGAAAGUGAAGAGACAGACUUGUCAGUCAACUUGAUAUCCACAGUUUUUGAUGAACUUUGUUGUCAGCUGCACUCAGGGAUCAUGAAAGCUGCUCGUCGAUUUAUGCUAGAUGAGAUUGUUAGUCACAUAAUUUCAGACUUUAUGGCAACGAAGAAGGUCCAUAAGCAGUCUAAGCCUGAAGCGAUCCAUUUGUCCAUUGAAACUUCUGCUUCAGAAGGAAAGAUGUAUAAAGCUCUUCAUGGGAGGAAGGACUAUGCUACUUAUGGGUGUGAAGCUGAAGUAUCUAGUAUUAUUGAGCAGCAGUGUUCUCCUAGUGCUAUGAUGCCUUCAAUUUGCUUGAAAUCUGUUGGAAAUUUUGAAAACUUUUGGGUUGCUUAUGUGGUGGUUUGUAGAGUGUUACUUGAUUCUUGCAUGGAAGUCAUGUGGAAUGCUGUGUUCUAUGAUACGAUAGCAGAAUACUCAUCUAGAUGGAGAAAGAGGAAACGCUGGUAUACUCCUGUCUCAGUGGAACUCAGCAUUCCAUCUAAGCAGUAUGUUGAACCACGUGCAAAGGUUGCUGUUGAAAAUCGGCAAGUGGAACAAGAGUGUUCUGAAUGCGAGAGUGAUUUUCCCCCUGGAUUUGAAAUCAUGGCAAACUCAGUGGAUACAAAUAUAUCUGAUGACAUCCUUGAGAUCGUGUUAGCUGAUCUGCAUUUAUCUGUUAAGAUGUCAUUGAUUGAGUAUAUUGAAAGUCUUUUAGAGGAGCAAGUGAGGAAGGUAGUUUAUUCUCCAGAAGUUGCAGAAUUCACUGAGGUUGCCUCAGAUGCUUUUUCUGUGAAUGGUUGUAUGACUGGACAAGAUCCGCCAAGGAUGAUCUCUGUUUCAAAAGCAUCUUCAUCUAACAAUGUUCAACUGGCAUCCCAAUCAGAAGAGCGCUUUCAUCAGAAAACCGUUAAUGAGGGUCAAACUUCUAUAACUAAUAUCUUGCCAAGUGUUUUUAACAAUUUGCAAGUGCCUCUGGAUGACCCAUGUCAUAAGGUAUUGUUUGAUAAGCUUCGACCCAUGAAAUUUGAAGGCAGUAGUAGAACCUGUAUUACAUCACAAGCCUGCAGAGUUAAACCCUCUAGAUCAGAUGAGUCUGUUCCAAGGAUGACCUUAGAUGCUGUCUUGACAGUGUGCCGGUUAAGGGUACACGAUCUUGUGCUCAGAGAGUUGAAACUAAUGUUGGUUGAUGAUGCUAUUUUGGGAACUUCGAUGACAUUGACUCCUUUGAAGAAACUUUUGAGAUCAGAUCAUUCUGAGGGUUUGGGGAGUGGGAGACUGGAUGAGAACUCUUUUGAUGAAUUUAAAAAAUAUGGACAUCGAUCUUCUAGAGUGCUUGAGUUAAGUGGGAAGCACACGUAUUACCGCAAGAAAAAGUUGGCUAGGCGAAAUUCGGGAUCAGUUUCACAGUCUGCUGCAACUGCAGGAAGCAUUAGAUUGCUGAGGCAGUCUGUUGAGAAGUCGAGGAAACAUGAAAUUUCUGAAGGCAUACCAGAGAAUGCAAGAUUGGAAAAUGCAGUUGUAAAUGCUGAAAGAUAUGCAGUACAAAGUUGCAGAAAUGAUGUACAUAAUGCUGCCGAUGCACUUGGAGAUAGCUUCUUGUUAGACAAUGUGUGUAACAAAAAGUUGGAAAAGGUGGCUCGAGAGGUUAAAGCCAGGGAAGAUCUUCCAAGCCGCAGCAGAAAGACUACCUCUUUUUCUACUCAGGACACCAAAGAUCUCGAGAAAAUUGCUCGUUCUAGAAGCAAAAAGUUUGCCAAACUAGAUUUGCAGUCUUCUGGCUGUUUGGAGAAGAUGCCUAAUAAUCCAGCGAGUAAAGUAGUGAAACUGAAAAGAAAGCAAGUGGAGGAUGAUAUGGCACAAUCACAAUCUCGAAAAGUUUUGAGAGUCUCAAAGGGUGCUGGAAAGCAAGCAGCUUCUAAGCAUGUUACAAUAGAAAAGGUGAGGAUGACCUGUAAGUCGAGGAAGGGAGCACCCUUUCCCCAAUCUGAGGGAUGUGCUAGAUGCUCAGUUAAUGGCUGGGAAUGGCGUAAAUGGUCGCUUAAUGCAAGCCCUGCUGAUAGGGCACGUGCUAGGGGGACUACACGUGUUCAUGCUCAAAAUAUCAUAUCCAAUGCUCCUGGUUCUCAGUCGUCGAGCAUCAAGGGACUUUCUGCAAGAACAAACAGGGUUAAAUUGCGUAACCUUCUUGCUGCUGCUGAGGGUGCUGAUCUUUUGAAAGCGACUCAGCUGAAGGCAAGGAAAAAACGUUUACGCUUUCAACGGAGCAUGAUACAUGAUUGGGGUCUUGUUGCAUUGGAGCCAAUUGAGGCAGAGGAUUUCGUUAUUGAGUAUGUGGGAGAACUUAUCCGACCUCGUAUAUCUGACAUACGUGAACGGCAUUAUGAGAAGAUGGGAAUUGGGAGCAGUUAUCUUUUCAGAUUGGACGAUGGAUAUGUGGUUGAUGCAACAAAGCGUGGUGGAAUUGCUAGGUUUAUAAACCAUUCAUGUGAGCCUAAUUGCUAUACGAAGGUCAUAAGUGUGGAAGGUCAGAAAAAGAUUUUCAUAUAUGCCAAGCGUCAUAUUGCAGCUGGUGAAGAAAUUACUUAUAACUAUAAGUUCCCUUUGGAGGAGAAAAAGAUUCCCUGCAAUUGUGGUUCAAGGAGGUGUCGUGGCUCGCUGAAUUGAGAGGCUUGAGGAGUUUAAGCUGGCGAUUCCUUGGAUGUUAAAGCUGACGAGUCCCCAGAGGAUUGGAACUGCUGCUUUUUUUUUUUUUUGGUGGGGGGUAGGUAUGGGGCAUGUUUCCUUCGCAUUUCAUCUUUUUGGGUUUUUCUUGUUUCAUCCAUCUACUUUCAGUUCUUAUAAAAUACAGCCGCUACCAAAUUGCUUUAACCAUAGUUUUUAAACGCAAGCUGAUUAAAAGGGCACAAUGGAGAUCAUACCCAAAGGGCUGAUUGAUAAUUCUGCAUCGAUGUGUUAAAUUAAUUCGGGAAUUGUUUAAGCUCAAUGUUUCAGCCUUCAAGUGAUGUCAAUUCAUUGUUUCUGCAAAACUUCAGUAUUGUCACUCUGCUCCUCUUGAAGCUUUUACGUUUCAGAUAACAUUUUCUUCCUAAUUUUAUUUGGCCUUUACAUGCGUUGGGGGAUCGGGGGGGAGAAGUGGAUGAAAAUGAGUAGUUGAGCGGUCUCCAUCUGUGUAUUUGUCAAAAUUACAAGAGACCACACACUAUGGUUCUGGUCCUUAGUAAGCUGUUACCACCAGGUGCUUCCUUUAUCAUGGAUAUCUGAAUGUGUUGGAUGUCUCUCUCUCUCAACUCUUCCUGUGGGUUUCGGACCCAUUGCAUGUGUGUUCUCAAAAUUUCUGCAAAUUAAUGUCAAAAUCGUGAAUGUAAAAAGUUUAACUGAGAGACAUAAUAGUGGUUCAUCAAAACUAUAAAGCUAGCGGACCAUUACUUAAUAGUAUUUCUCUUGAGAAGGAGUUUUAAUGUCUGAAUAUUCUAAGAGGGAUUGCUUGUUAGUCAACAAUAAGCAAUUAGGAUUCCCCUUUCAAAUUGUCCAUAAUAUAAGUGAUUCAUCAUGCUUCUGCGAGUGUCUCUGAAGAAGUGAAAAGUAUCUCUAUAUAUGUUGCUAGACUGCAAGAAAAGGCAGUUUGGAGUCCUAGAUAUGAUAGUGAAGUUAUCUGACCUGCAUGGCUUAUAGCUAUUGACGCCUUAAAUGUGGUUUCAGGUUAUCCCAUUCACGUUCUUCUUGUAAACGAGGUAGGUGCUGGCGACCAGUUUUGGACUUUUGCUACCUUAUCCGAUGUUGAUGAUUACUGACUCGUGUGCAUAUCCUUGUAGAUAUCUCUGAGUUGCAGAUGAGUUUCUCCUCUUAAGAACUGAAAAUUGGUGUUUUCUGUUUUUUGCAUUUGGGCACUUUUGGGCUUUAAUGUGUAUAGAAUUGCCCCAUACCGUCAUUGUUUUCGAAAUGGUAUAUAAAUUAGUUACCUGAUACCGUACAGAAUUAUCAUGGUUUACAUUUGUAGUGAAUAUAAGAGAUUUCUUAGUCUUUAUGGGUAUCAUAGUUUGUCAUCAAUACCAUGAGAGUUAAAGGGUAUAUAUGUGAAAUGAAAUCAUAUGACUAAUUCUCUUUGAUUAUCAAUAAUACAUUUCAGAGGCCAGCAAGCGGCCUGCUCAAUUUUUUCAAUCAAGUGUUAUAAUGUAUUGUUCUCCCCUUCCGGGAGUGAAUUAAUGCUACUUGAUUGCACCCGCAGCUUAUUACAUUUGGGCUGAAGCCAGUUUACUAUUGAUUCCAUAAAUUUUAUUUUCGGGUGAUUAAACUUUUCUUUUGUUAGACAGUAUUGAAACAAGAAAUUACAGUCAUAUUUUCUAUCUAAAAAAGCAAAACUGUGGAUUACAAAGUAUCAAAUCGCACCUCAUUGCUCCUUGAGAAGCCAUGGACUUGGAUUUGAGAAUGCUGUUGAUUUUUGUGUUGGACUAAUAUUACUAGAUGUUUGUCUCAAGUGAAUGUAGUAUGAGUGAAUAUAAUAACUCCCCUUUUGAAUUUCUCAUUGCGGCUCUGGUGUUGUUACAUGGCUGCAAAUAUAGGCUUCUGAAACAUCAAUGAGGAGGGAUGCCAUGUCCUGCCUGAGUGUAACACAAAAUAAUUAUUAUUUUGGUUCAAUUUUGUUAGCAAAAAAUCUUCUCAAAUGCUGAUAAACCCUUUUCUCCUUUUGGUUAUAUUUUAAAGUUUUAUCAAGUGGACAACAGAUCUCAGCAUUUUACAUACCAAUUUUUGUGUAAGAGGAGGUCAUACAAAUCCCAAUUAUUAGUUAUUUUCACUUUUUAUG